AUGGCGGCGGCACUGUCGGCAAUGGCGGCGGCGCUAGGGGCGUGCGAGGCGGCCGUGGCCCGGCAGGACGCGGCCUGGCGGGAGGCCCUGGCCCGGUGCGCGGCGCCGCUGGGCUCGCUGGCCGGGCUGGCGGCGCAGAUGCGGGCGGCAAAGCGGCUGCCGUGGGGCGCCUCCCCGCUCGGUGCCUUCGGGGACUUGCCGGAGCGGCUGUGGCGGAAGCAGCGCGGCGCGGCCGAGGCCCUGCUGGAGCAGCUCAGCAGCCGAAGGACGGAGCUGCGGGCCGUGCGGGACGCGGUGGGGGCCGCUGUGGCCGCCGUGCUGCGGCUGUACGAGGAGCGGGCGGCGGAGCUGGGCCUGGAGUUGGCCCUGCGGAGGGGGCCGCGCUGCCCAUCGCUGGCCGACGCGCUGGAGGGGCUGCAGGACGUGGAGCGCCACUACCGGCACCUGUACCUGGAGAUCCAGCUUUUCCUCCUCCACAUCAGCUGUGACAGCCUGGCAGACAUGGAGACCCUCCCGCAGUCCUGGGAGAAGAUUCUGGAGCGCUACAAGGGAGAUGUUGUUCAAGAUACUCUUCUGAAGGUCUCCCUGUUUGUGGACAACCAGCGAGAGCUGUGCAGCUCAGCAGGCUCCUGACAGAGAACAGGAGGGGCUGAUGUGGACCAGCUUCUGUGACAGUCUGGUGUGCUCCAAGAUGGCCUCGAAGAGGAGGAGGAUGAACUGAGGAAGCUUCACUGGUGCUUUUUGAAGGCUGAAUGAGCUGAGGACUUGGCCUGAGCAGGAGAUGCUUGGGCUGUUCUGUUUUCUAGUGGAAAUGGACUUGAUAUCUGCCAGUAAAUGGGCGUAACAUAAUGUUCUGAUAGCAUAUAAGAAAGAUGUUUAGGUGCUGCCCUUACAAAUAAAUAAGGUGUCAAAUCAGGGCUUAAACCCUCUUUGUACCUUGUGCUUCU